UUUGUUUCAGGGAUAGCCAGAGCAAUGGAUGAUUACACAAAAAUAGAGAAGAUCGGGGAAGGUACCUAUGGUGUUGUGUAUAAAGGUCGGCACAAGACCACAGGCCAAGUGGUUGCAAUGAAGAAAAUACGUCUAGAAAGUGAGGAGGAAGGUGUUCCAAGUACUGCUAUCCGAGAAAUUUCUUUAUUAAAAGAGCUGCAUCAUCCCAAUAUAGUCUGUCUUCAGGAUGUUCUUAUGCAAGAUUCGAGACUAUACCUCGUCUUUGAAUUCCUUUCCAUGGAUCUCAAGAAAUACUUGGAUAAUAUUCCAUCUGGCCAAUAUUUGGAUCGUUCACGUGUUAAGAGUUAUUUGUAUCAAAUCUUGCAAGGUAUUGUCUUCUGCCAUUCAAGAAGAGUUCUGCAUAGAGACUUAAAACCUCAGAAUAUCUUAAUAGAUGACAAGGGAGUGAUUAAACUGGCGGACUUUGGAUUGGCUCGAGCCUUUGGAAUUCCAGUGCGGGUAUACACUCAUGAAGUAGUGACACUGUGGUACAGGUCUCCAGAGGUCUUGCUAGGAUCUGCUCGUUACUCUACUCCUGUAGAUAUAUGGAGCAUAGGUACCAUAUUUGCUGAGCUGGCAACUAAAAAGCCGCUUUUCCACGGAGACUCGGAGAUUGAUCAGCUCUUCAGAAUCUUCAGAGCUUUAGGUACCCCCAACAAUGAGGUGUGGCCUGAAGUAGAAUCCUUGCAGGACUAUAAAAACACAUUCCCAAAAUGGAAACCUGGCAGCCUGGGAACACAUGUCAAAAACUUGGAUAAAGAUGGACUUGAUCUGCUGUCUAAAAUGCUAACUUACGAUCCUGCAAAAAGAAUUUCAGGCAAAGUGGCCUUGAACCAUCCAUAUUUUGAUGACUUGGACACAACCAAUCUUCCUACUUGUCUGAUUAAGAAAUAACAGAACUUUGGACUAAAUCAGCCAGAGUGAAAAAAU